AUGUUUGCCGUCAAUGGCUGGAACCUAGCAACGGCUCCCAAGACCCAGGUCAUUGAGACCGGCAAGGCCUCAAAGAAGCACACAAAUAACCCCAAGAAGAAGAAAUCUGGAAACACCGCAUCCGAUACCAACGCCAUCCCACUUUCAAAAAAACGGAAUCUUCCUGGUACGGAUGAAGCUGUCGAGGCUGCGGAGCCAGAAUCCGAGCCAGUCCCCAAUAACAACAACACAUCUGCAAAGAACACAGUGGUGACUGCCGAUAAUGUGUUGGCACUCUACGAGAAAGUAAUUGAAGGCAAGGCAGCCAAGAGGUCUCGCGACAGAAAGAAGAGGAAGGAGAAGAGGGAAAGGAUUGCAGGAGAACAAGACACUGCCACCACAAAGGAGGAUGAUCCCGUAGCACCAGCGAAGGAGGAGAGCCGGAAAAAGAAGCGCAGCAAACCAGACGACGGAGAGCAAUCCGGGAUUCCCAAAGACGCAGCAUCAGACGAAGCGGCGCCCCCGAAAAAGAAGAAAAAGCAAGACAACAAAAAGAUCUCAGACCCCGCGACGACCACUCCCGCUGCGGCAGCCCCCGAUCCUCCCGCUGCACCCGCACCCGCGCUCUCCACAAUCCCAGCACUGACCCCUCUCCAACAGAAGAUGCGCGCUAAGCUCACAUCUGCGCGCUUCCGUCAUAUCAAUGAAAUUCUCUACACCACACCCUCAGACUCUUCGCUCUCACUCUUCACCUCCCAGCCCGAAAUGUACCAGGAAUACCAUGCCGGUUUCCGGCGGCAGGUCGAGGUGUGGCCAGAAAACCCCGUAGAUAUCUUCAUCAAGGCCCUGCAAGACCGUUCAAAAAUCAAAUUUGAGCGAGGACACAACAAGAAAUGGAAUAACACUGAGAAAGGGCUCCUCCCUCUGCCGAGAGAUCGCGAGGAGGGAUGGUGCACAGUCGCAGACUUGGGGUGCGGUGACGCAAAGAUCGCCGCAACGAUCAACCACCAGAAGCCUCGCGGGAAGGGCAAAGUCAAGAUUUUGAGCUACGAUCUGCAGCCCUCAACUAAGGAUGUAACAGUAGCUGAUAUCGCGCACCUCCCAUUGGAACCCGAGAGUGUUGAUAUUGUCAUAUUCUGUCUCGCACUCAUGGGGACCAAUUUCCUAGAUUUCAUUGAGGAAGCGUAUCGCGUGCUGCGAUGGCGCGGGGAGCUGUGGAUCGCGGAGAUCAAGAGCCGCUUCCAUCGCCCUGCGUCAACCAAAGGCAUAACAGUUGGUAGCAAGAAAGGCAAGAAAGAGGAAGAGGAUGAUGGCGAGAGUAUCGAGCCAGACGGCAGCAAGAAGCCGGAUACGGAGACAUACAAGUCAUUCAUCGACGCACUUUCCAAACGGGGGUUCACCUUGCGGGGACAGGUCGACUCUGGAAAUAAAAUGUUUGUUCGUAUGGAGUUUGUAAAAAUUCCUGAGCGUGAAAAGAGGAUCCAAGACGAUGAAGAAGAAGGCGAGAAACAGGGACAGGGGGAGACCUGGAAGGCGAAAAAGAAGAAGUCAAAGUUCUUGGAGGGUGAGGUAGAUGAGAGCAAGAUCCUCAAGCCAUGUGUGUACAAACUAAGAUAG